CCACGUGUCCAUAGACGUCAGAGGUCAGACUACCAUCUCAAGGAAGCAAGAUGGCGGCCCCGUCCAAGAAAGUGUUGGAGGUGUUUGUGUCUAAAAUCCCCUGGACUGUAGCAACCAAGGAGAUGAAGGAGUAUUUCGGACAGUUCGGCACAGUAAAGAGGUGUCUCCUUCCAUUUGACAAAGAGACCGGCUUCCACAGAGGUUUCUGCUGGGUUGGAUUCUCCACAGAGGAAGGACUGAACAAUGCUCUGCAGAAGGACCCCCAUAUUCUGGAAGGAGCAAAGCUUCAGGUUCAGAGGAACAGACGUCCCUUCGCAGGACAGAGGUCCAAUAAAGACGGAGACUCUGAUUGAAAAUGUGGUUCUGCUGAGCCGAUCAGACCAAACAGAUUUUUUUUUUUGUUGUUGUUGUUGUCGGACUCCAUUAUUCCAGCUUCUUUGUAUUUAAACAGCCAAUUCAGACAAAAACGUGAUCAAUGUGUCUGGAUCCCAACAUCAUAAAGGAUUUUUUCUUUAUCCAGUCUCACUGGAACUGAGCCACAACAUUGUCAGUUUUAUUUUAAGUUUUGUCCUCUAAUAAAUUCUGUAUUUAUUGUGAGAAAUAUUCCUCUCCCUUACAUAGUGUCUGUUGUUUUCAAGCAAUAAAAAGUGUUUAUUGUUACCAAUUUACU